ACCCAAAUCGUCUAUUAGCCAAUAUUGCACCAUUAGCAUUAAAGCUAGCUGACAUACAGACGCAAAACUGAAAGGACUUUUGGGUUGUUCAAGAAAAAAACCGGUAUGGCUGUGUCACCAGCAGUGACAACAUUGUGUGAAAAUCCAAAUGAAGUCUUUCUAGACGUUGCGAAGUUGUUACUUACAUACGCGGAUAACAUUUUAAGGUAUCCCAAUGAGGAAAAGUACAGAUCGAUCCGCAUAGGCAAUCCUACAUUCUCCACCAAGCUGUUGCCCAUCAAAGGUGCUGUGGAAUGCCUUUUUGAGAUGGGAUUUGAGGAGGCUGAGACCCAUCUGGUGUUCUCCAAGUCUGCAUCAGUGGAACAGCUGAAGCUUAUCAGGGAAUGCAUAGCAGCCGAGAGGGAUCAGAGGCUCUGUGGAGGACAGCCGCUCCAACCGACUGGUCAGGCUGCUAAAGCUUCAACCUCCGCCUCAGCCUCCCCCUCCGCACCAGAGAGCUCUGCUGCUGCCUCCAGCCAGCCAGUUUCACCACUUCCAUUACAGCCAUCAUCCUUGGAGAACAGUAUGAGCUUUUUUGUGACCCUCCAGUCAAACUUCCAGCAUGUGAUGCUGUAUGAAAACCCUGAGCUGCAGCAGAAAGCCAGGAGCCACAUCCCUCACCAGCAGCUGUCCUCUGCUGCCGAACACAAGCUGAAGGAGGCGAAAGAGGCGGAUCCAGAAUGUAAACUUGGAAUAGAAGACUUCCUGGUGCUGGAGUUGCUCAGAUGGUUCAAACAGGACUUCUUCUCCUGGGUGGACUGUCUGCCCUGCAGCGGCUGCAAAGGCCCGACCCAGAACGCCAGCUCCCUCAGUCCCAGCACCGAUGACAUCCGCUGGGGAGCCCAGCGAGUGGAGAACCACUACUGUCAGAGCUGCCGGCUCUCCACCAGAUUCCCCAGGUACAACAAUCCUGAGAAGCUUCUUGAAACCAGGAGGGGGCGCUGCGGGGAGUGGGCUAACUGUUUCACACUGUGCUGCAGAGCCCUGGGCCUUGAGGCCAGAUAUAUCUGGGACAGCACAGACCACGUGUGGACAGAGAUUUACUCUGUGUCUCAGCGCCGCUGGCUGCACUGUGACUCCUGUGAGAACGGCUGUGAUAAGCCUCUUCUGUAUGAGGUUGGCUGGGGGAAGAAACUGGCCUACGUUCUGGCUUUCUCUAAGGACCAGGUGGUUGAUGUGACGUGGAGGUAUUCCUGCAAACAUCCAGAGGUUUUGUCGAGAAGGACCAGGGUUCAGGAGGCCUGGCUGCUGCACACCAUUAAUGGGCUCAAUGCCUCGAGGCAGCAGUACCUGAGUUCGGACAGGAAGAAGGAGCUGACAGAGAGGCUGCUUGUCGAGCUGGUGGAGUUUAUUUCCCCCAAGAAACCCAAACCAGGAGAGCUGGGCGGACGCAACUCUGGCUCUCUGGCCUGGAGGACGGCACGGGGGGAGACAAGAAAGGCUGAUACAGGGACCUCCACAGAGGCUGCAGGUUAUGUGUUUACUCCUACUGAGAAAGAGAAGAGCGACCGGUUACUGCACGUGCGCUACAAUGCCGCCAAAGACCAGUACUGUCGAGUGUCCAACAACUCUGAGGUCAUUCCGAGCUGGGAUCAGUGUGUGUGGAGGAAGGAGUCAGUCUUCAGAAAGGUGGAGGAUGACUGGCAGAUGGUGUACAUAGCUCGAACAGAAGGUUCCUCUAUGGGAAAAAUUAGCUGGAAGUUUGACUUUGCUCUGGCAGGAAUGAAGAUAAAGUCUGUCUCGAUCAUGGCCAGUAGCCAGACCUUCCACUCUGGGAAAGUCUGCUGGCACUUGCAGGCAGGCGAGAUUACUACAGAGUUCUCUGGAGAUGGGAAGAUGCAGUCAUUCCAGAGUCUAUCCGGCUCCUCAGAGUUCACUGUUGUAGCAGGACUCAGUGGUGGAGAAGAGGAGACGUCAUGGCAACACUCUCAGCUCUUCAGACAAAGCUUAAAGGAGACAGAGGAGUCUUCAUUUGAAAUCCUCAUCCACUUAGACAAUGCUUAACAGUUGUUUUAAUUAACAUAAUUGGGUCCCUCGUUUGACAACUAACUUCCUAACUGCUUUGAAAAGUUCUGAGCCUAUUGUUUGGAUGAUAGUUUUUUAUGAUGACAAAUCAGUGGAAUAUUUUAAUUUGUCAGUCUGCCAGGAUAAUUGAAUAUGCAUGGCCUAAUGAUAAAUGAAUGAAGCAUGGAUUUUGUUCCUAUCACAGAGAACAUUUGACUGCUAGCAAAAUAACAAAUAAGACAUGCAGUAUACAAUAUACAGGGUUUUAAAGAUAUAUACAUAGUAUUUGUAAAAUGUGCCCUUCACUGUGAAUGUGUCUGUAAUUUGUGAUACAUGGAGACAUUCCACACAGCAAACUGGGGUUAAUGCCCUUGUCAGCUCAGGUUGCUCCAGUUAUGCUAGUAAUAAACAAUUGUGCCAUUUAUUUUUGGCUAUGGAAUUUGUUCACCUUUCCAUGCCCAGUUACAUCCAUAAAUUGAGUGCUGUUAGUGUGGUGAAAAGUGCUGAAUGUUAGGAAAUAUAUAUGGUAGUAUAAUAAAGAUAUUUUUGCAGUCUG